AUGUACAUUGACAUUGGCAAAGCUCUAAAAGAGGCAGCAGAAGAUGAUGCUUACAGUCUAGCAGUCUUAACAGGCACUGGUGACUAUUAUUGCAGCGGCAACGAUUUAUCAAACUUCACAAAUGUCAAACCUGACCAGAUAGCCCAGAUGGCAAGUACUGCCAGAGGUGUCCUAGAAGAGUUUGUGAAUGUUUUCAUUGAUUUCCCCAAGCCACUGAUCUCUCUAGUGAAUGGACCUGCUGUUGGGAUCAGUGUAACAACACUUGGCCUCUGUGAUGCGGUUUAUUGUUCAGAUCGUGCAACAUUUCACACGCCCUUUUCCGCAUUAGGACAGUCUCCAGAAGCUUGCUCAUCUUACCUGUUUCCAAAGUUCAUGGGAUUUGCAAAGGCAAAUGAGUUACUUCUCUUCAACCGCAAAAUAACGGCAGCAGAAGCUAAAGAAAGAAACCUGGUUUCUGAUGUCUUCCCUGAUGAUGUCUUUCAGAUUGAGGCAGCGAAUCGAAUUCAACAAUAUUCUAAGUUUCCUCCACAAAGUAUGAGGCUGUCCAAGGUUCUUAACCGUAGCCCUGAACUGAAAAUCCUGAAAGAGGUCAACAGGGAAGAAUGUAAACUUCUAGAAGAGAGGUGGCAGUCGAAGGAAUGUAUGAAUGCACUUGUAGCUUUCUUUUCUAGAAAGUCUUAA